AUGUCGUACUGGGGCUACUCCGGCUGCGUGGAUAAGGUCACGUGGGAGGUGCACCGUGCGGUUACCGGUUUCGCCAGGCCGUGGGUCACUUCGCUGUGGGGCGGCGUUAUCGCGGAUAAAGAUAGGCCAUGGGUGGAGGAGCAAUUAGACUGCAAGUUCCGGUCCCCCAACGGCUCUCUCGCCCCGCCCAGCCCGUGGUACAGCAUCAACUUCUUCCCCUUCAAGUCCAUAUUCGGGCUGCGCGCGUGCCUGGACUUUGGCGCGGCCUUCCCCGCGCAGAUGGCGCAGAUGAUCGCCACAGGCCGCGCCGUCAGCUCCCCCGCCGUCCUUGCCCCCAACGGACGCCUCGGAUUCUUGUACGCGUUUCCGAUGUUCCGAAGGCCGGUGGCGGAAGGGGCGAGCAGGGAGGAGGUGGAGGCGAGUGUGGCGGGGUUCAUUGGGUGCGGGCUGGACGUGGGGUUGCUUGUCUCGCACGCCCUCAUAGACGUGCUGCACAACGAUUCUGACAUAUUCUCUCUCCAGCUCUUUGACAUCACAGAACCAGCUCAGCCCGUCCCGCUGAACGCUCCAAACGACUCCUCCCAGCAACCCCCGAACCUCCUCUUCACCUCACCCAACCCCGCCUUCCCGAGCCUCAACUACAGCGUCGUCGAGCCGUUCCCCGAGCCUGUCGUGGGCCGGCACAUCCAAGCCUACUGCUCGCACCUCGUCCCCGGCAGCACGUGGGCUCUCCUCUACGCGCCCCUCCUCCUCGCACUCCUCGUGCUCCUCGUCUCCGCCCUCCUCUCUGUAAUCAUUCUCGUCCUCCGCCGGAAAGGCGCGGCGAUCCGCGCGGAAAUGAGCGCCGCGGAGGAGUACACUCUCCUCUUGGAGCGCGCCGAGCGGGCCAAAAGCGAGAGCAUAGCGUGCCUGAGCCAUGAUCUCCGCACGCCGUUUAAUGGGAUGCUGGGGAUGAUGGACGAGUUGUUGGAUACGCAGCUGGAGGAGUGGCAGAUGAGGGACGUGGUGGACGCGCGGACGUAUGCUGCGUCGGUGAUCGGGCUGCUGAGCACGAUUCUGGACCUCGCCAAGCUGCAGGCGGAUAUGCUGGAGCUGGACUCCGUGCCCUUCAGUCUUCACCAGUGCCUGGAGACGGCCGCCCGCUCGCUGUUCGCUGAUGCUCAAGACAGGCACCUCGAAUGUGAGUCGGGGCGAGAGGGGCUGGUCACGCCAUCAAGAGCACGCUAUCCGGCCAUGCAGCCUUCCACAUCUGGUGCCUGCCCGCCCAUCCCUGCACCCCCUCUCCUUUUCCCAUAUCAUCACACUUCCUUCUCCCUUCCCCAUGCCCCAUGCUCCGUACCCCCCCAGGUCACGCCAUCAAGAGCACACUAUCUGGCCAAGCAGCCUACCACAUCUGGUGCCUGCCCGCCCAUCCCUGCACCCCCUCUCCUUUUCCCAUAUCAUCACACUUCCUUCUCCCUUUCCCAUGCCCCAUGCUCUGUACCCCCCCAGCAGUUGGAGAGGUUUGUAAGUCGGUUCCAGGAGAACGUGGUGUUUGCUACGGUUCCCUCUGGUAGAACGAGGUGGGGGAGGGAGAGCAGGCGCGUGUGGGGCAGAGUGACGGGCAGAGUGUGGGGUAAUAAGGGUAGGGGUGGGGGUGGAGGUAGGGGGGGAGGUAGGGGGGUAAGUGGGGGGGAAGGUGGGGGAGAGUGUGAAGGAGGUGGAAGAAGGCUGGUACGAGGGAGGGAUAGAGGGAGGGGGGGAGAGAGGGGGAAGGGAGAUGGGAGGAAUGGCACAGGGCAGCACUGGGAAGGAAGGGAUGUGCUCACCGUUCUGAAGCCCAUCGUCUCAGCUCCUUGGAGUGUUUUCCAACGCUGGUUUGGGUUUUCUGGCAGGAGUGGUGGUGGGGGUGAUGGGCGUUUCUUGAGUAUUCGUGGGAGUGGGAUGGGUAAUGGGGGUGGCGUGGAGGAGGAAAGGGGGGAGGGGGUGGGGAGGAGGGUCGGAGGCGAUAUCGAGGAGGCUUUUAUGGGGGAUGAGACGGGGGAUGAAGUGUGGAGUGAGCGAGGGGGGGUGGAGAAAGGGGUUGGAGCAAGAGUAGAGGAGUUGGAUUCCGCCAGUGCAGGGGAGGAGAGAGAUGGGGGCGAGAGAGAGGGAGAAGAGGAGGAGGAGUAUGAGUAUGAAGAGGAUGAAGAAGCAGAGGAGGAUGAGGAGGAGUUAGGUUUUGAGCCUCGGACGAACCCCCCUGACAGGUCGCCUGAGUCAGCCAAGUCAAGCCAGUCAACGGGGGCCACACGGAGAGGAGCGGGGGCUUCAUUGGCACCAGGGGAGGAGACGGGAGGAGCGACUGAGGGAGCGACUGGGAGAGCGACUGAGAGAGCACAAGGGGGGGCAACACGGGCGAUGGCGGGGGAAGCAAGGGCAGCAGGGCAAAGAGUGGUGGGGAGAGAAGAGGAAGUGGUGGUGGUGAUGGUGUGUGAGGAUACGGGCGGCAGCAGCGGGAAAAAGGGGAUGCAGAGCGGUGACGAGGCAGUGCAGGGCGUGACGAAGGGGAUGCAGAGCGGUGGAGAGGUGUUGCAGGGGCAGGAGGAAUGGAGCCCGUAUCCUGUUCGGUUCCUCCUGUCCACUGGCCUGGUUCGUCUUAUGCGGGGAUCCAUGGGAGUGGCUUCAGAAGAGGGUGUGGGGACCACCAUCCUAGUCAGCCUGCCAUUGCGAGCGCGCCACCUGGCAGGAGAUGACACCUCCCCUGUGGAUGAAGCCACGGCUGGAGACGCCGGGCCUUGGCUGGAGGCUCGGCGGAGCGUUUUAGGUUCGGUCCGAGGCAAGCGCGCGUUGGUGGUGGAUGGGAUGAAGCUGAGGCGAGAGGCUGUGAGCGAGUGUUUGAGGUACCUUGGGAUCUCCGUGGCUGUAGCUGCUACAGCUGGCCAGGCGGGGUUCCUACUGGCCGGUUUCACCAUAGACGAAGGUAAGGAGUGGAGUAGUGAGACAGCUGCGGAGGAGGAAAGGAAGGGAGAGGAAGGAGAGGAGGAGAGGAAUGGAGAGGAGGGAGGAGAGGGAGAGGAUGGAGAGGAGGGAGAGGAGGGGGAGGAAGGAGAGCAGAGGAGUUGGGACGUGGUGUUUAUUGAAGCAGACGCGUUCGGCCCCGCAACAGGGUUUGGGUUCGGCAAGCGGGUGAUUUCGCAUUGGCAGCACCAACAGCACCCCGGCGGGCGAGAAACGCCGCCACCGUCCCCCACCACUCCGCACCCCUCCUCCUUCCCUUCAAGCUCGUCCAACCCAUCUGUAUCUCCGCCGCCCGCGCUGCUUUCCACGCCGCUGCCGCUCCGGUCGCCGCACCCACUCUCCACAUCAAACCCGCUUCCCACGCCCCACCCACUCCCCACAUCAAACUCGCUCCCCACGCCCUGGCCGCUGCCGCAGCUGCUUGCGAGUGUGUCACACCCGCCGCUGGUGCUGACGGGGAGGAGCGCGUGUGAGGGCGUGCAAGCGAGAGCAGCUGGGUUCAGUGAUGUUCUCGCCCGCCCCUGGAUGGCCAGCGAUGCCGCUCGGCUGCUGCAGGAGAUGUUCGCCCCACCUCCAGCCGGAUCCGUCUCUGCAGCUCACAGCGCCCCAGCCCAGGAGCAAGAAGAGGACCUCCCGCAGCAACUAUUCUCCCGCCUCGCCCUGGAAGACGCUUCAUCCGUCCUGCGAGAGAUGCUGGGUGGCAGGGAGGUGCUGGUGGUGGAUGACAACGCCGUGAACCGUGUGGUGGCCAGGAAGAGCCUCGUGGGGCUUGGGGCACGAGUGGAGGUGGCUGCGAGUGGGGAGCUGGCGCUGCAGCGCCUGCUGCACCCGCACGCCUUCGUGCUGGCACUCGUUGACAUUAAUAUGCCUCCAGGGAUUGACGGAGUGGUUCUCCUGGUGCGUCUGGUGCUUCUGCUGCCUCUGCCUCUCCUGCUGCUUCUGGUGGGGCUGGGGGCGCGCGUGGAGGUGGCUGCGAGUGGGGAACUUGCGCUGCAGCGCCUGCUGCACCCGCACAGCUUUGUGCUCGCACUGGUCGACAUCAACAUGCCUCCGGGGAUUGAUGGGUGGGUAGAGUGGUUCUCCUGCUUCGACACGUGCCGUCACAUCAGAACACGGGAAGCCCUGGCGAAUCCUCUCCUCUUGUCCCCUCCAGUGCCUCUCAGCUUCCUGCAUCCCAUUCCCUCUUUCCACUCCCUCCCUCCGUCUGUCCCUCCCUCUCUCCAACCACAGCCUCGAGACGUGCCGCCACAUCAGGGCGCGAGAAGCUCUGCCGACUUGGAUGCGAGAAUCCGCAAGGCGUGUGAGCAAGCCGGCAUGGACGGAGCUAUCUCCAAGCCUAUAGUGGCCCAGGACUUGCUCACCGUGCUCAGAUCUGCCGGUUUUGCUGGUGGCACCUAA